UGUAUUCAUUGCAGAUUCUGAUCUUAUCCAGGUGUUUAAUAUUGCAAAUUAUAAUAAUGACGUUUUAUUAAUGUCAUUUUUUUCCUCAUGACCGAUCGAAUUCUCGGUGUUGGUCCGGGUGCGUUCGUAGUAGGAGUUCUUUGGAUCGGAACUAUUAUUCUAGUGAUAAUUUUUUCCAGAGCUAAACGCCCAUUCUCCGCAAUCUAUCCUUGUCCCUAAGGUGCCGUACACAUUCACUCGCACAAAAGAAUUCAGGUUUUUUGGUUUCGUAUUUAUUGCUGCAUCAACAAUUGCUACACUCAUUCUCGUUUUUACACCACGAGGCCCAGAAACUUCUGACUCCUUCCUAGAUUUUCUGCCCCCGGAUUAUUUAUUCACUUGGAAAUGUGUUUUAAUCCUAUUUAUGGGACUUGGUUUUAUUAUAUCUGUGGUCUUAAUGGUUUUUGAAAUGUUUGCUAUUUCUAUGAUACCCGAACCUUUAGUAGCGGCUCCUCAUAGAACUGUUAGCAGUAAUUCCCUUUUUUAAAAAUUUUUCUUACAAUCUUGAACACUGAUUUCCAGGAAAUAUGUCUGAAAAGGUUCCUAAAGUUGGUAGUCGUGUUGAAAUAAUUGGUAAAGAUGUUAAAGGUAAAGUUGCAUUUGCUGGAAGUACCAAUUUUUCAGCAGGUAAAUGGUUUGGUGUGAUAUUAGAUGAGCCCAAAGGAAAAAAUAAUGGCUGUGUUCAAGGAAAAACUUAUUUUACUUGCCCUGAUAAUCAUGGAAUAUUUGUGAGACAAACACAGCUCCAAGUCAUCGAUGAUGAAGGAGGAUUGAAGGGAAGAACAUCAUCAUCACCUUCCACAGGCUCUUUAGAAAAUGUUGCAAAAGAUACAGAUAAGCGAAGGAAGUCUUCGAACACUGGUAUUCCUCGGUUUCCAUCUGAUAAAGGAGCAAAAGAUGCUGCAAACUUGGCAGAAGUCCCAAGUCGUUUCUCGUCUACUGGCUCAUUGAAAAGUUCAAUGAUCGAAGAGGAUGCCUCCAUGCAGCCUUCUGAUCUUCAAUCAAUUAAGGCUGCUGCUAGCACCCUUGAAUAUAAAGGUUUGCUCCUCCAAAAAGAUCAAGAAAUUGAUAAUCUGAAAAGUGAGAUUAAAGAUCUGACUGAAAAGCUAGAAACAAUCAAGAUAAAAAGACAGGAAGACCAGGGCAAAUUGAAAGAGGCAGAGAAAGCUAAAAUUCAGGUCCAGCAAUUAAUGGAAUAUAAGGCAAAAAUUGCUGAGGUACAGGCUGACCUUCAAAGGCAAAUAACACAAGCUAAAAAGGAAGCAAAAGAAGCUAUUGAAGCUAAGGAACAGCAUGCUGAGGAAAUGUCUGAUUUAGCUGAAGCAAUGGAAAUUGCAACUUUGGACAAAGAAAUGGCAGAAGAAAAAUGUGAAGCACUUCAAGCUGAAUUGGAGCAAACAAAAGAAAAAUUAGAGGAACUGCAGAUUGAUUAUGAGAUUUUGAAAACUGAGAUGUCUGAUAAAGGAAGCGAUGGAAAAGCAACUACAUACCAGGUUAAACAGUUAGAACAGCAAAAUGAAAGACUAAAGGAAGCUUUAGUUAAAUUAAGGGAUCUCUCUGCUCAAGAAAAGCAAGAGCAGCAAAGAACACAAAAAGAACUUGAGCAUCAGAAGUCAGAAAUUAAUGAAUUAAGUCGAGCUAAAGAAAAAUUGAGUUUGCUUGUAGAGGAUUAUGAAAAACAACUGGGAGAAUUGAAAGAACAGGUAGAUGCAGCACUUGGCUCAGAGGAGAUGAUUGAACUUUUGACAGAGAGAAAUUUAGCUUUAGAAGACAGAGUCAAAGAAUUGCAGGUUUUAGUAGAUGAUUUGGAACGUUUGCAAGAUGUUAAUGAUCAGUUGCAAGAAUCGGCUAAGGAAACUGAACUUGAACUUCGAGAAGAAAUUGAUAUGGCAAAUUCUAAAAUGAGGGAAUCGCAAAGAAAAUUAGAAGCCAUGCAGGAAGCUAUUGCUGAUUAUGAGCAAACAAUUCAGAAAUUUCGGGAUCAAACUGAACAUCUUCGAGAAGCCAAUCAUGAACUUCGUAUGCAGUUGCAGAAGGAAUCGGAUAGAGUUGCUAUGUCAAAGCCUCUUGAAUAUGUUGACUUCAAAGUUAAGUAUGCUGAAAACAAAGCUUUUGCAAGGGCUGUGGAAAUGGAUCUUAGAAGACUAGAAGUACAAGAAGCUACCCAACACGUGAAUUAUUUGUGUUCUUUUAUGCCUGACAGUUUCUUAAGUCGUGGAUCUGAUCAUGAUGCUAUUUCAGUGUUGUUACUUGUUCCAAGAAUGAUUACCAAAUCAGAAAUUUUGGCUUCACAAGUAAAAGAAAAAUUUCCCUCUCCAGAAGAAAUAACUAAAGAUGUAAUUUUAAAAUCUCAUAAAAUUGAUCAAUAUGCCUUCAGUAAUCGAUUAUUAUAUCAACUUUAUUUUCUUCAAUCACUUUUACAUCAGUACGUUAGUGCUCUUAAUAAUUGUAAUGUUGAAUUAUUUAUGAAAGUUGGCACACUGUACAUAGAGAUGGCUGUUCAAGAAAAAGCCUUGGACUAUUAUAUUGAUUUGCUCAGAAAAGAUCAGCUAGAUGAAAAUGUUAACCUGGAUGGUUUGAACAAAUGUGUAAUGUAUUUCUUCAAUUUGUAUAGUGUGCACUUGGCUUCUGAGCGAGUCGAUUGUACACAGCUCAUGGGAGAUUAUAUGAAAAUUAUUGGAGCUGCUUGCGAAUCAAUUCGUACUGAUAUUUCUUCCAUUAAGAUGCUUUUAGAUAAUGCUGGUUCUAGUAGUGAAUUUGGCUCCUUGUUGAAAGAUGUUUGUACAUACUCUGAAGAUGUGCUUCAGUUUGUGAAAAAAAUUCGAAGGCGUUUACCAGCAGAAGGUGGUCAGACAAUUUUGCAAUUCUCAGAAGAAGUACAAAAUCAUCUUUUGAAAUGCAGAGAAAAUGUUGAGCAAGUUAUGUCUGCUGCCUAUCUUUUGAGGAAGUCAACUGUUCAACAGAUAGCUAUGUCAGGGGAAUUAACUUAUGUUAGUGUAGAAAAAAUUAAAGAACUUGCUCAUGAAUCUACAGAUAAAGCUUAUGGCAAAGAUGACAGUGGUCCUGAAUGCUUACGUCAGUCAAUGAAUUUAGUUAUGACCAGUAUGAAUACUCUUUCCAGUGGUAUGCAAGAAGGUGAAUAUGAAAUAGACAAAUCUAGCAUUGAAAAGGGCAAUCCUCCCGUGUUUUCGCGAGCACAAGCAGUGAAAGAAGAAGCCAGAGAUUUGGAAAAUCUCAAAUUUAAGCUGGAGGCCCGGGAAGGAGACAUAUUAGAACUUAAAAAGGCACUCAAAAUCAAAAGUGAUGAACUUAGUGAAAUGCAUGUACGUAAAGAAAUGGCAGAAAAGAAAUUGGAAAUAGCUGUCAAAGAUGGUGAUGAAAGAGUGGAUCGUAUUCAGAGGCAACUGGAUGAAGCUAAAAUGUUACUUAAGAAAAAAGAAAAGGAGUUUGAAGAAACACUUGAUCAUUUGCAAGCUGACAUUGAUGCAUUAGAAACUGAGAGGGGUGAACUGAAAGACAAAAUUAAAUUGUUUUCCAAAAAGGCAAUUUUGGAAGGUUUGUCCAAGACUACAUCUCUUGCCAGUUUAGUUGCCUCUCCUACCAGUCCAACUGUUCCUGGAGCUGUACCAUCAAAUGUUGUUAUAUCCCGUGAUACUUCCAUACUCUCGCAACAAGUACAGGAUUUGCAAUUGGCAUUGAAGCACUUGAAGAAUGAAAACUUGCGAUUACAAACAGAUAAUAUGAUGAAGCAGUUGGAUAGUUUGCCACCUUUAAAAGUACCUUCUAAACCUACUGGAUUCGUCAGUGUUACAGGACUCCGUAAUAUGAUAAACUUAGAAGAAGAAAACGGCAUAACAUCUGAAAGUCUUGUCAUUUUAUCAAAGAGGUCUAAAGAACUUUUGGAGAAGGCUCAAAUAUUGUGUUGUCCAAAUGUAGUUGAUAUCAGUCAUAGAAAACCUGGUAUGGAACCAGUCAUUGAAAAGAUGGCUGCCAAAAAUCAUAUUGUAGAGUCAACUAUUAAGUUGAAAACCUUGCAAAAUGAGGUGCAAAAACUGAAAGUUGAGAUUGCAAAUUUGCGAGCUUCCCAGAAGAAAGGUACCCAGAUCAGCACAGACUUUUCUGCAUUCCCAACACCAGAAUUCUCUAAAGCUUUUGCUUGUGAUAAACAGUUAGUUGCAAAAAUUGCUUUUCCAAAGAGAUGUGGUGCUGAUGAGAAAGCAGUUGUUCCUCUUCUUACCAAUAUGAAUGAAAUUGUUGGAUUGCACUCCAAAAUUUUGUCGUGAUGUGGCCUAUUGGUGCUCCUCAUUUGUCUUGCAAAAUAUGAUUGGUGUAUUUGCUGGUUCACAGUGUACACUAAAAUAUUGAUUUGUUGCAUAGACUUUUUUCCCUUUAUUGGCAGUGAUUUUAAAUCUCUUGGAUAUCAGAAUUUUUAUUCUCACUUUUUUUAUGCUGUGGUAUUAUUUGUUUCAUGGUUUUUUAUUAGAUUUACACAAGGCAAUCGGUGAUUCCGAGCAAUUUUCAGUAGCUUUUUCAGAAACCAGCUUUGUAUGUAUGUUUUGAAAUGAGAUAAAUUCAUUUGAGUUAUACAAAGUUAUACUAUUAUAAAUAGGAAAAAAUUGACAUCCUUUAACUACUUUCUGUACCACUGAGUGUACAUAUGUGUGCCUGUUUCUGUAUAAUCUGAAAACUUAUGCAUUACUGAAACCAUGAAUGUAUGAUCCUCUUUUCCAUUUAGUGCUUUAUAUAGAUAUACAAAAUAUUCUGAUUAAUAUUUAUUUAUUUAUUUGUGAUAAUUUAAAGUCUUGUUGUAUAAUACUUAUCUAUAUUCAUGACAAUACUCACAAAAUUGUGGAAGAAAAGAAAUACAUUUUCAGCUGAAAACUUUUUGGAACUGAAAUUUAAUAUAUAUUAUUCGAUUAUUAUAAAUUAAAGAUCAGCUGUCAAAAAAUGGUUUUUUAAAAAAGACUUGUUGAAUGAAAUUCCUGGAUUUUUAAUCUUUUUUUUUUUACUGGUAAAGGCAAUAUAAUAAGUAGAAACAUAAUGUUUUUUUUUAAUUUCUUUUAUGGAUAUUUAUUUAAUCUGUUUCUUUUAAAACAUUUUAUGAAUUGAAUUUUUUAUGGGCAAUUUUUAAACAUGAAUCCAGAAAAACUUUAAUUAUUCUUUAUUAAUUAUCUUUUUAAAUUAUUCUUUAUUAAUUAUCAUGAAGGCGAAAGUUUGUUUAUAGUGGAUACUAAGCAUUUCUGUAUUUUUUUAGAAACCUAAUUUGUGCUUAACAGUAGAUUACUUGUUUUGCAUUUCACCAAUUUGAUAUUUUUAUAAAAGAUAUUAAAUUUUAUAGAAUCUAACUGCCAUUUGAUUGAAUUUUUAAUACAUUGAUUAUAAUACAUCUUCUAUAUUUGCUUUAUUUAUUUUCAAUGUACUAAAAUUGUUGUAACUGCAACAUUUGUUAAGAAAUUAAAUUUCUUGGUAAAAUAUUUCUCUUGGACUUGCUUCCCAUUUCAUAGAAAAUUGUCUUCUGGUCCUCUUUAGAAGUAAAGAGGAUUUUGCAAGAUGCUGCAUUUUAAUUUGUGUAGUUGUAACUUGCUGAACUUCCUUGAGCUAGUCUGUUUUCUGACUUUAUCCUCACAAAAACUGAUUUUUUAAUUUUUUUUCCCCUUUUUUACUUACUUACAAUCAGUGUUUCUUCUGCUGCUCAAGCUAAUUCCUUGUAAAUUUAAUCUAGUUUUAAUGUGUAGUUUAAUAUAAAAUUUUUAUAUUAAUGAAAUCAUUGCUUUGUAACUUUUGAAAAUAAAAUUAAAUUCAAACUUGCAUACAUUUUUGCUUCAAUAAAAAAUUUACGAAUGUAAGAAA